UCCAGGAUGACUUGACUCAGUUCUGGGCACUCUCACUUCACACUACGAUGUUCUCAGGAGGUGGCCUCACCCUUCUUCUGGGGCUGCUGGUUCUCUCAGCUGACCUGCCACCUACCAUCUCACAAGACCGACCUGGCUAUUGCCAGCAACUCCCUGUUCCUGAUACUGACCCCUCUGGUGGGGGUUCCUGCAAGGAGUGCAGUGCGGAUGCCGGAUGCCCAAAAGGCAAGAAGUGCUGUGGUUCGUCCUGCGGCAACACCUGCCAGACUCCUGAGAUGAAUCGCUGCAGACUUCCUCCUGUCACAGGUCCCUGCAAGGCUCUGUUUCGGAAAUACUAUUACAACUGGAGUAAGAAGAAGUGCGAGGAAUUCAUUUACGGGGGCUGCCAUGGCAACCUGAACCGGUUCGACUCCCUGGAAAUGUGUCUGAGGGUCUGUGGGGGUCAAGGUGCGCCCUAGAGCAAUGGAGGGAGCAGGUGAGGGUCUGCCCUGUGGAGAAGAAGAUGGAGCAGCACCCACAGAGCCCUCCUGCUGGGCUCCUUCCUCCCUCCUUCUUGACCCCCAUUCUCCCACCCCUCUGUGGCCCCUGGGAGCCUGGGGGGGGGCUGACAGGCUCCUGGAGCAUGCUGGGUAAUACAAAACAAUAAAUUUAUUCAAUUGACUGGCUGGCUCACUGUCUCCUGUGAGGGGCUCCCCCCCCAUGCUAUUCUGUUCUUCUCCCACACCCUGGACCCUUCUUGGCCAUCAGCUGUGUGAAGAAAGGAUGCGAUCCCAAAUACCUUUACUAGGGAGUGGCUCCCAUUGUACCCAGUGGGGCUUACUUUGGAGUAAACAUGCUCAGCCCUGCCUUCUUGCCUGCCUCCUAUGCUGAGGGGUGUGAGCUGAGGGGCUGGUUUUGGUGCCCAGCCUGGGAUAGAAAGAUGGGAGGCAC